CUUUAUUUUAAUUUAUAAAACCCUUUCCGGUGGAAGUAUGUAGAGAAUUAUAGGGAUAUACUCAUCACUCUAUUAUCAUCUUUCUUUCAAAGUGAUUUAUGCCUGCUGCUGCAGCAGCACUGAAGCUUUCACCGGUUUCAUCCACAAUAAACGGCGCUUCAUUGUUGGUGCAAGAACUGAAGAUAUCUUCUUUAUGAUGUCUAUGGUUUCUCAAUCAACAGUUGUACUCCCUACGUCCCACAAAAAGCUUCACCCUUCCCACCUCCCAAAGAAAAAUUCACACUAUUUCUAUUUUCUUUUAAAGACAGAAAUGGGUGGCUCACAAUCAGCCUCUCUCUAAAUAAAUUGUAACCAUAAAAUUUUUACUUUACAACACUUUUCUUAAACUACGUGAAAGUCAAACAAAGGACGGGGAGAGUAUUAACCAAGAGUUACCAGCAAGGCUAGAGACUAUUUUUUUUCCAGAACAAAAGCCUGUGAGCUUUGAUGGAGCAUGAUCUACAUAUUGAGUACCCAGUUUCGUCAGGUGUCUUGAGGGGAAUUAAUUUUAAUAUCCUCUCCGGAUCAGAUGCUGCCAAAAUUUCAGCCAAGGUAAUAGAACUAGUGCAGGAAGUGACAGAUCCUGCAUUAGGACUGCCAAAUCCAGUUUCUGAGUGCCAUACAUGUGGGGCAAAACACGUGAAAGCAUGUGAAGGCCAUUUUGGUUUGAUAAACUUCCCUUACACAAUUAUUAAUCCAUACUUCAUAUCAGAAGCUGCACGAGUUCUCAAUAAAAUUUGCCCAGGGUGUAAAUCAGCUCGGUCUGAUAAGGUCAAGAUUGUUGGUUCCAUAUCAAUGCAUAGGCAGCAUGCAAAGUGCAAGUAUUGUGAUGGAACUUCAAAAGAUUAUCCGCCAAUGAGAUUUAUAUUAUGUUCCAACAACAAGUUCGUGAAACCCGCAAUUAUAGCCGAAGUGAAUGAAAAGUUAUGGAGGAAGUUUCCAAAUAUAAACUCAGGGGGAAGUUUGGCUUCUGAUUAUUGGGAUGUAAUUCCAAAUGAUGCAGGUCAGGAUGAAAGUUCCCAUCAAUCGAAAAAAAAAGUUCUAUCACAUGGACAGGUUUAUAGUCUCCUGAAAGAUGUUGAUUCGCGACUUAUUGAGGCAUUUCUCAAAAGGAAGAAUUCGAUCUUCCUGAAUUGUUUCCUUUUGACCCCUAAUUGUCAUCGUGUCACAGAAUUGGGGCACCAUAUGCUAUUCGACGAAAGUAAUCGGCUUUACAGAAAGCUGAUUGACUUUAGAGGGACUCCCAGUGACUUAAGCAUGCACCUUAUUGAACGCAUCAAGCUUUCAAAGCUGCGUGCUGAAAGGCAAGCAUUUAUAGACCCUGAAUUCAGUGCAUCUGGCUUAAAGUUUUUGAAAGAACUUAUCAUUGCCAAGAGAAGUAAUCACGCCUUCCGCUUGGUGGUGGUCGGCGAUCCCCAGUUAAAGCUAUUUGAAGUUGGCAUUCCAAGUCAUGUUGCAGAUAGCCUACGGAUAGCUGAACAUCUGAAUUCAUGGAAUUCUAAAAAGUUAACUGAGCACUGUGAUCUGAUGAUUCUUCAGAAGGGAUGGGUUCUUGUUCGCAGAAAUGAUGACUUAGUUCGUAUUAGCAUGUGUGACAAAUUGCAGAAAGGAGAUGUCAUAUAUAGACCUCUUGCUGAUGGAGAUGUUGUGUUAAUAAACCGACCUCCUUCCAUUCAUCACCACUCUCUUAUUGCCCUUUCUGUCAGAAUUCUUCCUACAACUUCAGCUCUUUCUAUAAACCCUCUUAUAUGUUCUCCUUUUCGCGGGGAUUUCGAUGGUGAUUGCCUUCAUGGUUAUGUCCCCCAAUCAAUGGACUCGAGAGUGGAGCUCAGGGAGCUUGUUGGUCUAGACCAACAACUGAUUGAUGGACAGAGUGGGAAAAACCUGUUGGCACUAAGCCAUGACAGCUUGACUGCAGCUCAUUUGGUUCUGGAAGAUGGGGUCAUAUUGAACAGGUUCCAGAUUCAACAGCUUCAGAUGUCUUGCCCUGGGCAGUUGCCAACACCAGCUAUCUUUAAAGUGUUAUCAAAUGGGUCUUGUUAUUGGACUGGAAAACAGUUACUCAGUCUGCUCUUGCCAUCAGAUUUUGAUUACGUUUUCCCAUCCAAUAAUAAUGGUGCAUGUAUCAGGAAAGGAGAAAUUCUAUCUUGUAAUGGAUCUUCUUGGCUACGUGAUACAGAUGGAAAUCUUAUCCGUAGUUUUAUCAAGCAUUAUGGAGAUCAGGUUCUUCAUUUCCUGUUUUCUGCGCAGGAAGUUUUAAGCGAGUGGUUGUCAAUGAAGGGAUUAAGUGUUUCUUUAUAUGAUCUUUGUCUCUGCUCCGAUCAAUCCUCCCGAAAGAAUAUGGUCACCGAAAUCUCAUGUGGGUUGAAAGAGGCUGAAAGACUUUCACUUAUAACAACACUCAUGGUGGAUAAAAAUCAAGAUUUCCUUGUCGGGAUAUCUGAAGAAAAUAAACCUUCAAUAGGUUUUAGCUUUGAGCGAUUGUCUUUUGAAAAACAAAAGUCAGCAAUGCUUAGUCAGUCUUAUGUUUGUUCUUUUAAAAAGGUGUUUAGGGAUAUCCAAAGUUUACUUUAUCAGUAUGCUAACAACGACAACUCGUUUCUGGCUAUGCUAAAGGCUGGGAGUAAGGGUAACGUUUUAAAAUUGGUACAGCAGAGCAUGUGUCUUGGUUUACAGCAUUCUCUGGUUCCAUUGUCCUUUAAAAUACCCCAUCAGCUUUCUUGUGCUGCAUGGAAUGAUGAAAAGAACCAUCCUCAUUAUCUUCCAGAAUACCCUGGUACUUACAUCCCUUCUGCUGUGGUGGAAAACUCUUUCGUCACAGGUUUAAACCCUCUGGAGUGCUAUGUGCACUCGCUAACAACUAGGGAGACUUCGUUUAGUGGGCAUGCAGAUGUUUCUGGUACUCUUACUCGCAAACUCAUGUUUUUCAUGCGUGAUCUUUGCAUUGGAUAUGAUGGAACUGUGAGAAAUGUUUAUGGAAACCAAGUUGUGCAGUUCUCUUACUACAGUAAGCAAAAAUCAAAUGCAUUGGGCGGCCACCCUGUUGGUUCAUUGGCUGCUAGUGCUAUUUCUGAGGCUGCAUACAGUGCUUUGGAUCAACCCAUCAGUGCACUCGAGUCAUCACCACUGCUGAACCUUAAGGAAGUGCUGGAGUCAGGGGCAAGAAAAAGUAGUUGUGAAAAAACAGCAUCAAUGUACUUGUCAAAGAUGCUUGGAAGGUGGGUUUAUGGAUUUGAAUAUGGAGCUCUAGAAGUGAAAAAUCAUUUGGAAAGACUUCUGUUUUCUGACCUUGUUUCUGAAGUAAUGAUAUGCUUCUCCCGGGAGACAUGCAGAGGUAGCCGCAGUAGUCCUUGGGUUUGCCAUUUUCACAUAAUUAAGGAAAUUGCAAAGAGGAGAAGACUGCACUUACAAUCCAUUUGUGAUGCUCUGAACAUGAGUUACACAGCCAUCAAAGUAAAAGCAAAAUCUGACCUUCCAAAUCUGCAGAUAACAUGCAUGGAUUGUUUUGAUGCUGACACGUCCAAGGAAAACUCAAACUUAUGCAUUACAGCUGCGGUUGUUGGGAUUUCUAAAGAUCCAUAUCUGGGGCUGGACAUCCUUCGUGAUUUUGUGAUACCAUUCCUCCUCAGAACAGUAGUUAAAGGAUUCUCUGCGUUCAAAAGGGUGGAUAUCUUAUGGCGGGAGGAAGCACCAAUUUUAUUGAAGUCGUCAAACAAUAGAAGCCCCCCCGGAGAGCUUUAUUUGAAGGUUUUCAUGUCAGAGAACUGUGACAGGACUCAAUUUUGGAGCAUUCUUGUGGACAGCUGCCUUCAAAUAAUGAAAAUGAUUGACUGGGAACGUAGUCGUCCAGAUGAUAUAGAUGACAUCUCUGUAGCCUAUGGGAUAGACGUUGCUUGGAAGUCCUUUUUAAGUGGUCUAAGUUCUGCAAUAUCAGAUACUGGCAAGAUCAUCCUACCGGAACACUUGGUUCUUACUACUGACUGUCUGUCAUCCUCUGGACAAUUUCUUGCUUUGAGUUCAAAUGGCCUGUCACGUCAAAGAAAAGAAAAUGGUUUCUCUACACCAUUCACUCAAGCAAUCUUUUCAAACCCCGGAGAAAGUUUUCUUAAAGCAGCAAAGUUGGGAUUGUCAGACGAUCUUCGAGGGAUUGCUGAAGCUUUGUGUUGGGGAAAAGUUCCCUUGGUUGGUACUGGUUUCCAGUUCGACGUUUUAUAUUCUGGGAAGCCAACCACUGUAAACCAAGGAUCACAUCCCCACCCCAGUGAAAAGGAUAGAAAUCUUGAGUCAUGUGGAGAUAGAUAUGUGCAGCAAAACAUUCUUACAGAUUCGGUUGCAAUGGAUGAUGUCUCCAUUGCAAAUUCUGACCCCAAACUCUCAAAGGGAGCAAUUUCGUGGGUUAAUAAGCUGACCUUAGGAACCAAGGAAUCAAAAAUAAAUUUAUGGGUUGAGCCACAGUCGAUUAGAAGUUUAGAACUGACACUUGCGACGAAUUGAUGUAUCCAUGGACAACCAAAGCUGAGUCAUGCGGCAUACCCGUGAUGGCGUGCAUGCUAAUUUCAGCUAUCUCUUCAGCUUCUUCUUCACUUGUCCUUGAAUCUUUAGUAUUCUGAUCACCAGCCUCCAGCAAUUGUAACGA